AUGGCCAAAGGCGUCUCUACGUCUGUUGCAGCAGAAAAGCAGACGAAACGGAAGACCAGAGACGAUGAAACCUCUACCACUAUCGAGAAGAGUUCGAAGAAGGAAUCUGUUGAUAAAAAAAAUAAGCGAAAGAAGUCAACCAGCGACCAGGUAGAGGAUGACGACGAAUUGAGCAAGAAAAAGAAGCGUCGGGUUUCUUUCGGACCGGGCACAAAGACCAAAGAUGGCAGUGAUAGCGACAGCGACAGUGAUGUCGACGCCGACGCCGACGCCGACGCCGAAUUCGAAGACGACAGCAGUGAGACUGUGACAGGCGAAGAAACAGAAGCCCAAAAAGCCGAAAAGGCGCUCGACGAAAUGCGAACACGCAAGCGCGAAAAGAAAAAGGAGAGGAAGAACAAGAAUGAUUCCGGCUUUGGUGCUUCGGCCUCGACUACUGAGAGGAUUCACGAGACGCCUAUCCUUUCAUACCUGAGCCACUAUUAUCGUGACCGUGCGACGUGGAAGUUCCAGAAGAAUCGCGAAACAAACAUCUUCAAGCACCUUUACUCGCUUGAGCAUCUGCCCGCGCAGUACAACAUCAUGAUCCUGGCAUAUCUUCAGGGAUUGAAGGGAGAUGGUGCGAAAUCGAGGUUGAGUGGAGCUGCUGGGGAGGUUAUCAGGGAUGAUAUCAAGAUUGAGGAGAAGAAGGGUGGCGACAAUGCGAAUAGCGACUAUCAACAGGCUGUUGAUAGCUUCAGGGCUUCUCUGGUUGCCGAGUCAGAGGACUUGAGUGGUGCUGGGUCUGGAGAGUCGCUGGAUGCAGCGGCAAAGAAGCGUCUCCAGAAGAGGCUGCGGGCUGAGCUUGUAUUCUUUGCUCUGACCACUGAGACGUUCUCGCUUGAGAAGCUGGAGCAAGAGAAAGUGAAGGUGAAGCCGAAGGAGAUGCUGGAGGAGAAGUCUGAACCGCAGAACAAGAAGAGGAAAAACAGAACUGUCGUUGUUGAUGACUCAAGCAGUGAGAGCGAAAGUGACAACACUAGCUCCAGUGGCAGCUCCAGUGAUGAUAGUGAUGAGGACAGCGACAGCGACAGCGACAGCACCAGCAGCAGUGGCAGCCCCGACGAUGAUACUUCAAGCAGCGGCAGUGUUAGUGAUAGUGAGAGCGACGACGAUGCUCCCACCCCGGCAAAGAAAUCAGUCGCCGCGCCUGCACCUACACCCACACCAGUGAGCACCAAGAAGGCCCGCUUGCCCAAGAAGAAAGUGCCAAAGCAGAAAAAGGAGGUUGCUCCAGGCAAGAACAAGAAGAAGCAGAAGCGGAAAAUGAGGACUGCUCAGAUUGAUAUUUCGAGCAGCGAGGACAGUGACUAG